CAGGUCCGCCCAGUUCCCACGCGACCUGCUUUCCUCCGCCCAUUUUGUCCCGCAGCCAAAAUAUGUGAAACGUAAGACGAGACCCUAGUCACCGAGUAGUUAUUUUAAAACUUCAAUCUGAGACACUUCGGUUAGACCAUGGCAGCUGUAGCCGCUAGCUGGUCGAAACCCGCGGAUGGAUUCACGCUUUAGUUCAUAACAUAAAGGAGAAAAUGAGAAUACGCCUUCCCCGGUUUUAUCCAGGCUUGUGGCUAGUUGUUGUUUUACUGGACGUGCUUCCCAAAUGUCUCUCCCGGUAGUUCUCCCCGGCUCCUGUUGCGCCGUUACCGGUGCUUCGCUGGCCUCUCAGUGGGCAGAGCCUUCAUACAGAAGCCGACCCCGUUGUAUAUCCAGCUCUCGCAUGCCGGGGUCUCAGUCGCGGAUCAUCCCCGCGCUACUCCCCGGGCGCCCGCUGCUCUCCCUCGGCUUGCUGCAGCUCCUGCUCGGGUGCUCCAUGGUCGCGCUCUCUUUCGGAGCAUUGUCGCUGAGCAGCUCGCCCCCCAUCCGCAGCUCGUGCCCCUUCUGGGCUGGCUCUUCGGUGAUCCUAUCAGGGAUUGUGGGGCUCACAACAUGGAGGCGCCCCAUGCUGCUGUUGGUGAACAUGUUCGUGCUCCUCUCCGUGGUGUGUGUGCUGCUCAACCUGGCUGGCUUCAUCCUGUGCUGCCAGGGAGCCCAGCUGGUCUCCAGCAUGUCCUCCUGCCAGCUGAGCGAGGCGGGGGAUGCGUGUCUCUGCUGCCCCCUCCCCCCCUCCUCGUCCUGUCCUGAAGACAAGCUGCUGCUGCUGCACCCUGGACACUCCUGCAACACCAUGAAGAUCCUGCUCAAGAAGGUUCUGUUUGCGCUGUGUGCCCUGAACGCCCUCACAGCGGCCGUGUGUCUGGUGGCCGCCGCCCUGCGCUACCUCCAGAUCCUCACCUCCCGCCCACCCUGCCUGGACGAGCCUCGUUCAAUAGCAGAGGAGGGGGAGGAGCCAGCACCCGUCCCCGACCCAGAUGAGUUUGUCCCCCCGGCCCCGCCCCCUUCCUACUUCUCCACCUUCUACUCAUACACACCCCGCCUGGCCCGCCGGAUGUUUGGGGACAGCGUGAUGCCCCUCCCUCACGUCUCCAGGAUCAAGGGGGGGGAGGUGUUCUGUCCUCUGGACCCGCCCCCUCCUUACGAGGCGGUUGCUGGCUCCUCCCCCUCCUGUCCCCUACCUGUACAGGAGGCAGAGAUGGAUCUGGAGGAGCAGAGAGAGGGUGCAGGGCCAGAGGGCUGCCCCCCUGUCCCCCUGCCAAUGGCCCAUUCACCCCCCCACCCAGGGCCCCUACCCUCACCCCCCCUGCACCACCCCAGACCCCCCCAGGCAAGGCCCCGACCCUCCUCGCCCCCCCUGGGACCCCUCCAGCCAGGGCUGGUGCCCCCCACUCAGUGCCAUCGUCUCCACAGGUCCAACAGUGACCCGGUUCUAGUGGACCUGGCAGCCAAAGUCCUAAGCUGCGAAGCUGCAAAACGGACCACAGACUCAUCCACCCAGACCUCCCAGUCCACCCUAGCCCCCCAGCCCCAGAUGGUGACCCUCCGCAGGGGCCCCAGGGCACCGAGGCGCCCCCGGCCCUCCUCCAUGGUGGACCACCAGAGCUACCGGCAAACCCAGCAGCUGGUGAGCCGCUUCCUGGAGCAGCCGUCAGCGUGCGGGCUGGCCCCUGAGGUGCAGGAGCUGGUGGACAGCAUCCGCAGCGUGCUACGCUCCGACCAGGAGCACAUGGAGGAGGCUGUGCGCUGUGCUAGCUACAUAGAGCAGGUGAUCACAGGAUCAGAGACGGUCACUCCAGCCAAUCAGAUGCCACUCCUCCCAAGACUAGGCCCCGCCCCCCCACAGGCAGGCUCCUCCUCCCAGACCCUCCCCCUGAGGAAAAGGCCGGGGUUGCUGCACCUGCACAGCUGCGGAGACCUCAGCACCUUCACCUGGGCCGAGCUACGGGGGGCGGGGCCAGGGGCCGGGGGGUCACGCCUGGACCAUGAGCGCCCCCAUAGUCUGAUUGGUGUGUUCAGAGAGACUGUGCUCUGAGGAAUCCUACCAUUCUGAUCACACAAUCUCUGGUAGGGCUGCAGAGCUACUCUUGAAGGGGACAAACUUUCAGCAAAACUCUCAUGGGUCACACAGUCUGCAAAACAGGCAUUGUGUGUUGUGUGCAUAUGUUUGUUUUUUGUUUUUUAAAAGUGGGAAAAGUGGGUUGCUUCGAGAAAGAGAUUAACUUUGGCACCUUAUACCCAGACAGUAUCACACCAAACAGGUCUUCAAUGAUGUUACACCUGCUAAUUUAACAUGGAUCAACAUCGAUGCUCAUGUUGACAUUCAGAUAUUUCUGAAUAACAGACUAUUACUUUAAUCCCCCCCCCUUUUAAGUAUCUUAUUAACAGUUAUAUAAAGGUGGCUUAAAAGAAGUUUAGCACAUGCUGCUAACACCAGCUGUGUUGCACUGAACACUAAGACUCCAUGCUGAACACUAAGACUCUCCAUGCUGAACACUAAGACUC